AUGGAAGUAAAUCUAUACAGCAAUUCUACUGUUAUAAACAGUACUUCCAUUAACCACAAACAAUUGGAAAGGCAUAGCCUUUGGGAAGUCAUUACAAUUGCUACUGUUACAGCAAUUGUAAGCCUAAUAACUAUAGUGGGAAACAUUCUUGUAAUGAUAUCCUUCAAAGUCAACAGUCAGCUGAAAACUGUUAACAAUUACUACUUACUCAGCCUUGCUUGUGCAGACCUCAUCAUUGGAAUAUUUUCUAUGAAUCUUUACACAUCUUAUAUACUAAUAGGUCAUUGGUCUCUUGGAAGUCUGGCAUGUGACCUGUGGCUAGCACUGGACUAUGUAGCUAGUAAUGCCUCAGUAAUGAAUCUGCUGGUUAUCAGCUUUGAUCGAUACUUUUCUAUCACAAGGCCUUUAACCUACAGAGCUAAGCGUACACCCAAAAGGGCUGGCAUCAUGAUUGGUCUAGCUUGGUUAAUUUCCUUUAUUUUGUGGGCACCUGCAAUCUUAUGUUGGCAGUAUUUUGUGGGGGAGCGAACAGUCCCACCUGAAGAAUGCCAGAUCCAGUUUUUGUAUGAACCUAUUAUCACCUUUGGUACUGCAAUUGCUGCUUUCUACAUCCCAGUGUCAGUGAUGACUAUUUUAUAUUGCCGUAUUUAUAAAGAAACUGAGAAACGUACCAAGGACCUUGCUGAACUUCAAGGGUCUGAUUCUAUAGCAGAGCUUGAGAUGAUAACGCCCCAGAAAACUCUUCUAAAGUCCUGCUUUAGUUGCAAGCAACAGAAUUUAGCCAAAAGGGAAAGGUGUCAGGCUUCAUGGUCUUCAUCUAGUCGGAGCACUUCAGCCACAGUGAAAGCUUCUCAGACACCAAGUUCUUGUAAUGACUGGUCUAAGGCAGACCAGCUAACAACCUGCAGUAGCUAUGCAUCCUCAGAAGAGGAGGACAAACAUGCCACUGAUUCCGUUUUUCAAGUAACUUACAAAGGCCCAGUGAAAGAUAAGGAAGAAGAAUUUAAUGAGCAAGAGAAUAAAGAAGAUUUUAUCAAAGACCAGCCUGAGGAAAAUGAUUUUGAAACCCAGAAAUACUUUUUAUCUCCAGCCAAAGGCCAUAUGCAAAAAAGUAAAAAAUGUGUGGCCUACAAAUUCCGCUUGGUGGUUAAGGCUGAUGGCACCCAAGAAACAAAUAGCGGUUGCCGAAAAGUAAAAAUAACUCCCUGUUCUGCUGCUUUGUCAAAAGAUCCUUCCAUCAAAAGCAUGGAUCCAAAUAUAAGUAACCAAAUCACAAAAAGGAAAAGAAUGGUCCUGAUAAAAGAACGCAAAGCAGCCCAGACUUUAAGUGCUAUUCUUCUGGCAUUUAUCCUCACUUGGACUCCCUACAACAUAAUGGUUUUGGUUUCUACCUUCUGCUCUGAUUGCAUCCCAGUAACACUGUGGCACCUUGGUUAUUGGCUGUGCUACGUCAAUAGCACUGUUAACCCCAUCUGUUAUGCUCUCUGUAACAAAACUUUCAGGAAAACUUUUAAGAUGCUGCUUUUCUGUCAGUGGAAAAAGAAAAAAGUGGAAGAGAAAUUAUAUUGGCAAGGGAAUACCAAACUGCCAUGAAUGUUCUUAUAUCAUGAGGGGAAAACAGUGUACAUUGACUAGGCAUUGUAAAUUGGCUGCAGUUCUUUCUUUUCAGAGUUGUUCCUUUCCAUGUGCCGGACACAAAAAAUUCAGCACAAAAAAAGGUAAAAAUGUUGCAUGAUACUGAUAUGCUUGGGUUCAGGAGCAGGGCAGCAGCAGCUGCUGUGAACCACAAUGAGUGUCUGUGGUCACUUAGUGGACCUGCAUUCCUGUUAGUACUUUAGCAGGCCUCCUGUUCUUCCUUUCAUGCAGGAAAUGGCAAACUUACUGUGUGAGAGAUGGAUUACACCUGUUAAGUCAUCCAGUCCAUCUACUUGCAGUGCAAAAUUAUUCUUUCCUGUAUAUUUUCAACAGUCUUGUCUCUUCUAGUUUUAAAUGUCCCAUGCAAUGCAGCUUGCACCAUUUCCCCUGUGAG